GCAAGUGGGAUAGGCACUCUCGCAGCCAUCACGAAUUCGUCGGCAUGUGUGAUCACCUGCCUAUAACAAGGCUGCCAAUGCAAGUCCCGAGGACCCAGCUCCUGGGAAGGGGAUUGGCAGUUUGGCACGGGCGGCGACGGGCAGGCGAAGAAGAAUCGCUCGAGAUGGAAGCGUCGUCGGUGUGGAGCGGGCUCAACUCCGGCGUGGUGCUGAGCCUCAUCGCCGUGCUCUGGACGGUGGUGUGGCAGAACCUACAUCACCUACAGCUGCAGCAGACGUUCGGGCGGCGCAUGAGCCGGCACGCGCGGCGGCUCACGGCGAUGGUCGACCCCUACCUGUCGCUCACCUUCGCCGAGUACGACGGCGGCCGCAUGAGACGCAGCGACGCGUACGAGGAGAUCAAGGCCUACCUCGGCGGCACAUGCUCGCGGGACGCUCGCCACCUCCGUGCCGAGGGCGGCAAGGACGCUAACAAGCUGGUGCUCAGCAUGGCCGACAGGGAGGAGGUGUCCGACGACUUCCAGGGGGCCAGGGUCUGGUGGCUAGCCUACUCCAUGUCGCCGCCGCGCACCGACGGCUUCCCGUGGUGGGGCGCCGCCGCGCAGGAGGACCGCCGGUUCUACCAGCUCUUCUUCCUCGAGCGCCACCGCGAGCUGGUCCUCGGCACCUACCUCCCGCGCGUCCGGCAGAUGGGCCGCGACGCCAUGCUCCAGAACCGCCAGCGGAAGCUCUUCACCAACCUCUCCACCAGCCACUGGAGCCACGUGGUGUUCGAGCACCCCAAGACGUUCGCCACGCUCGCCAUGGACCCGGUGAAGAAGAAGGAGAUCAUGGACGACCUCGACAUGUUCAAGAACGGGAAAGAGUACCACGCGCGCGUCGGGAAAGCGUGGAAACGGGGGUACCUCCUGUACGGCCCGCCGGGGACGGGCAAGUCGGCCAUGAUCGCCGCCAUGGCCAACUACCUCGACUACGACAUCUACGACAUCGAGCUCACCUCGGUCCACUCCAACAGCGACCUCCGGAAGCUGUUCAUCGGGACCAAGAGCAAGUCGAUCAUCGUGAUCGAGGACAUUGACUGCUCGCUGGACCUGUCCGGCGCGCGCAAGAACAAAGAGACAGCCGCGGAGGAGGACAACAAAGACGGCUCGUCGCCGGCGAGCGACAAGCAGGCGGAGAAGACAAAGAAGGCCGACACGAGCAGCAAGGUGACGCUGUCCGGACUGCUCAACUUCAUCGACGGACUGUGGUCGGCGUGCGGCUCCGAGCGACUCAUCGUGUUCACCACAAACCACGUCGAGAAGCUGGACCCGGCGCUCAUCAGGAGGGGGCGGAUGGACAAGCACAUCGAGAUGUCCUACUGCGGCUACGAGGCGUUCAAGUUCUUGGCCGAGACAUACCUCGGGGUCGUGUCGCACGAGCUCUUCGAUGUCAUUCGGGAGCUGCUGCAAGAGGUGAACAUGACACCGGCAGAUGUUGCCGAGAAUCUGACACUGAAGAGCGUCGACGACGUCGCGCACUCGUGCCUAACAAGCUUGGUGAGGGAAUUACAGGAAGCCAAGAAGAGGAUGGCAUCCCAAGGAAAUGGAGAGGGCGAACAAGGCGAGACACAAUAGUGGUGUCAUUCUGCUAAUAACAUAGUUCGUACGUUAUCAGAUUCCAUGGGGUUAAUCUGAAAACAUGUGUGAAACACUAUUAGAUGACACAUGGACAAUUCCAGAACUCAUAUAUUAAAUCGCAUUUCGACUAUUUUUGAAAGACCCAGAUCGAAUGCAAGAAUUUGAUU